AUCUCUUUCAUGUCUGGUUUAGAAGACAGUUGCAUUCUCACUCUGCCUCUCUUUUCAGUCUGUUGUGAUAUAUUGUUUGGCAUAAGUAUAUGAAGAGAAUCUGGCCUCAUGCAGAUGUGUAGUUGGAAAAUAGAGGAGUAUUUUAGCAGCCUUUUGAGAUAAUUGUGGGUAUUCUUCUUUGAUACUACACCAAACUUGACAAGUGGUAGUUUCUUAAAGAUUGGUUGUAAUAUGGAAUCUGAAACUGUAUCAGUAAAUGUUUCAUACCCUGUACAUUCAUGACAGACUGAGUGAAAGAGUCAGAUUACAUCUUAGUAUUACUAAGAAAAUAGUUUUGCUCUCAUUGAAGACUAUAUUUUGAGAAUUGCUGCUAUAGCCCAAAGACAAUGAUGAUGUUACAUGCACCAGGCAGGGGUGAGACACCCUUCUUAAACCUUGGAUUGACGGAGACUGAUAGAAAAUUGAGCUAGAUAAACAUCAACAAACAAGCCAUCAAUUUUGAAGGGAUCAUAUAGGAAAGAUGUAAGAAGUAGGAAGAGUAACUAGACAGACAGAUUCAGUUUAUAAUCCUCCCCCCAAAACAAAGUCUUUUUGAACAGAAAACACUUCCAGAAUAGAGCUUACCCAUAGUAUUGCUGAGGGAGCAUGCAGAAGGGACUUAGGAAAGAACCUAGAGUAAGGCACCAAAAAGUCCUACCCUGAACCCACACUUUCCUGCCCUGUACUUCACCUCUGCCAUUCUCAAGGUCUUUGUUUCACAUCCCAAAAAACUACACCAAACUGUUGUGUAAAAUGAAACUCGAGCUCAGGAUUUAUAAUCAGACUUCAUUGCUUAUCAAAACUGCACCACAGAAAAGAAGGAGGGAGUACACAAGAGGCAAAGGCUGAAGAUCACCCUAAUGAAUGGUUAAUUCUUGAUAGAAAAUUAUAGUUGCUGAAAAAUCUUGAGCUGGGUUUUAAUGAAAGCUAUCCUUAGGUCACAUUCUGCCAUGUGUACAAGAAGACAUAAAAUAGUAUAUUCAGUCUCUUCUAUUAGCUUGAUAAAGUUCAAGUUCUCCGUCCCUUUAGGUGCUCUGACAACCACCUUGCAUGAAAGAUCGACUCAAGACAAAAGCAGCAAUAUUCCAGAGGUAGGAUAUGGUGGCCCUUGGAGAAGACAUCAAUCAACCAGAAACUGAAACCGAUGUCUGGUCACAAGCCUGUUUAGAAAUCAACCUCAGGUGCCAUCCCUAAGGAUACAGGCAAGAGGACUCACUAUUGAAAUUAUGGGAGAAGACUGAGGACUAGAGAGUUAAACAUGAGGAUUUCUGUUUUUCCCAUUCUGAAUUGUAAUGCUUGAAAAGAGAAUCCCUAUAAGUAAUGUACUGAAAUGAAGAGAAACAAGGAAUCAGUCAUCUGGGGUAAGUGUCAACCUAUAUAAAAUUUAAAUAGUGGGCUCUGCCUUGAAGGCAUAAACAUUUGGAUAUGCAUAUGAAUUAACUGGUAACCCAGUUGUGUUUUUCAACUUGUGGGGCAUAGAUCCUGGAGAGUUUGGGAAUUAUAUAGCAAUGGAUUGGUUCAUGUGGCUGCGGCUAUCUCAUUGUCUAUAGAUUGAAAAUAACGUAAUUGAUAACAUCUUUAAAAAUGUUUUUCAAGUGAAUGUAAUGAUUAAUGAAAUAUAAACUUAAAGUGUGACUAAAGUCAUAGUAAGUUCUUUCAUUAUAAAUUUUGCUAUCAAUGGAUAUCCAAUUACAACUACUCUCACGUGAAUGGUUUAAUUUUUAAAUUAGUAAGGGCUCCACAUGCUUGAAAGGGUUAACAAGCAUCGAUUUAGUUGAUAUACAUUUUUUUAAUGUACAGUUUUUUAAAGAUUUCAAGUGGAAAUGCUAAAAUGAAGAUGGAUGUAGUAUUCUGGAAUUUCUGGAAAGAUCUAGGCUUACGAUAUAAAUUUGGGAACCAGCAUGUAAAUAUUUUUAAAGUCAUGAUACUAGAUUAGAUUACUGAGUGAAUAAUGAGUGUAGAUUAAAAUAAUAAUAAUAAGGCAGUCCAAGGACUGAGCUGUAAGGCUCUCCAGUAUUAAGAAAUGAAGAUGAUGAUAAGGAACCAGCAAAGGAGACAGAGUGGAUAUGAAAAUAGAGGACAAUCAAGAGAAUAUGCAUCCUGAAAGCUAAGCGCUUAAAGGGCAGAAAAUGAUAAACUAUCGCAUGUUGGUAAUAGAUCAACUAAGGUGAAGACUGAGAAAUGACCAUUGGAUUUUACAAUGUGAGGGUUACUGGUGACUCUGACAAUAGUAAUUUUGGUGGAAUGUGGGAGAGAAGUCCUUUUGGAGUGAGUGUAGAAGAAAAUUGGAGAUGGGGAAUUUCAACCAUUGGAAGAGUUUUGCUGCAAAGAUUAAAAAGAGAGAUGGAGCAGCGGACAGAGGAAGAAGUAGAGUUAUAGAGUCAAGAUUUGUUGUUGUUUUUAAGAUGGGAGAAAUAAUAGCAUGAUCACACACUGAGGGGAAAGUUCCUGGAGAGAACCAUUUCAGUUGUGUUAAUACUACUAAUUAGCCCCUUCUUGUUUUUAAGCUGGAGUAUAUUCUUCUAUAAUUAUAUAUCUAUUUUUAGUAAUUAAGUUUUCAGACAUCUAGGAAAGCUGAAUGCUGUCUCAGGGUACUGCCUCUACCCUUUCUUUAAAGUACUGUUUGUUCAGGUCAACAAUGACAUCCUCAUUAUGGGAUCUAAUGGUUAAUUUUCUGCUCCAUAACUGCUUAAUAUGAUGAUUCUGAUCCAUCCUCCUACUUGUUGCAACUCUUUCGUCGGCUUCCAGGCCACUGCUCGCUCUCUCCUGAUCCUCCUUUCUCCUUCCUCUACACCUUCUCAGUCUGUUUUGCCUGCUCCUACUCUGCCUUCCCUUCCAGAGUUGGCAUCUUCAAGACCUUGCCUUUGAUUAUUCUCUCUCGUGUAUUCCCACAGUUAUCACUUCCAAUCCUUUGGUUUCAAUUGUUACCUCUAUUCAUUGUUCAAUAACCUAUAUAAUAAUAAUGGCAUCUAACAUUUACUGAGAAUUUACUAUUACGUGCCAGGCAGUUUGCUAACCUCUUUAUCUGCCUUGUGUCAUUCCAUCCACACCAAAAACUCCUCUGAGUAUCACCAGCCUCAUUUUCAAAUGGGGAAGCUUAUGCUCAGUAAGGCUCUGAAUCUUGCCCAAUCCCAUGGAGUUAGCAAAUGGCAGAGCUUUGAUUGAACUCAUUGUCUAUCUGAUUCUAAAGCUGUUGUAACGACUAUGCUUUAUUUUCUUCUAAAACUCUAACUUAGAUCUCCCUAGUUUUAAACUGGUACAUCCAUCCAACUGCCUAAUGGAUGUAGCUCAGGCGUUUCUAUCUUAAUAGAUACUAAAGUAAAUACAAUGUUGCCCCUCGUUCCAACCCCUUCCCUACCCUGCAGAUGUCCCUAUUCUAACAUCUCCUCCUCUGAUAUUUCCUGUUAUUUCCUAUCAUGGUUUCUCCUUCAAUCUAUUCCCCAAGUGUAGACUGUUCUGGAUUUUCCCUCUCCCUCACCCUCAUACCCACUGUCUCCACAUCUAUCUGUCUCUGCAUCCCAGCGCUGCUGACAUCCUCCUCUGCUUUCUAAUUGACCUCCUGCUGCCGGGCAUCCCAUUGCAGUUGGCUCUCCCCACGGCUGUCAAGGUCAGCUAUUGAAAAAGUUGAUCUGAUUUCACUUCACUUAGAAACCUCUCGUGGCCCUUGUUACCUCCAUUGUCCUUUCCAUUCUAUUUACAAUAUCACUCUAUAAUUGUCCUUGCCCAUCUUGCAUAUCAGAGGCAUCAUGAACGCACGUGAAGAAUUAUAUUUCAGAAUAUAUGUGGAUGCUCUUACGCUGAAGAAAACAAAAUGAGUUCCAAAGUCUUUACUGAGUUUUAAGUGGCUUCUCACUUAUUCUUCUCGAUCAAUGGGAGACUGAUGUACAACUAUUGUCAUGUGAGACUGCUCAAUUUUUUGACAUUAAAAAAGACAUUCUUAUUUAUAACUAUUACAUACCAAGUAAUAGUUUUCACGUGAAACUCUUGUUUUAACUAAUAUUCUCAGCUAGAGCUGUUCUCUGGUUGUGGACCCUGCAGACAGGGCAUAUUAAUUUUACAUAAUAAACUCUGGUAAAGUAUCAGUGACAGAAUGGAGAUGGGUAAGUGGCAAUGGGGGAAGAUGAGGAUACUGACACCAGGGUCUUUUCAAAACAGGAACAGGAUGAACUCUACAUUCUUAAUAGCUCAGUUAAAAUAAUUUUAAAAGUGCCUCUGGUCCUUUGUUAGCUUCCAAUAAAAAAUGCAAGCAAAGACUGGAAAAAAGAUUAUACUUAGAAAUACGCUAUAUUUUAAUAUAGCACAACCUGGAUCUCAGUUGUGCCCUGGAAUAAAAAGGACAAUCCUCUUAGAUAGAUCAGUCUCCCAGAUAAGAGGCCAUGUGGGUGGUGGAGAAGGGACAAUGGAUUCAGAUCCAUCUGGGCUCAGAUCCUGGGUAUACUCCUGGAUGACUGUGUGAUCCUAAGUCCUGUCCUGUCUCUGAGUCUCAAUUAGCUUUAAAUGAGGGGAAAUCUUAUUUGCAAUAUAAAUAUAAGGGUUUCUUAGAUGAGAAAUUAACACAUUGAUCUGUACUCCUACAUUGGAAUGCUGUAAAUAGCUCACGUCUACUUAGUUUCAACGGUUAGAAUUGUAAGUCUAGAAGAAACACCAAAGUUUGUUUAUUUCAGCCCCAUUAUUUUACAGAUGUGGAAACCCAAGAAGAUCAAGAGACAUAUCAUAAACUAUUUGUGUAUCUGGGACUAGACCUCAGUAUUCUAGUUUCCUAAGCUAGCAUCGUUAACAUGCUUGGAUGGGACUAUUAGGAGUUCUCAGCUAGGUAGGAAACUCAUACCUCAACACAGUUACCAAUAUUAAAAGGCUGGAACAUCAGCUAUAAGUGAAGGGGGAGCCACAGGAAGGAAGGAUUCAUUUUCCUGAGGACCACAAAGAAAGCUUCAUCAGAUCUGUUAUAGCGGCUGGAGAACAUUGUACUCUUCUCACUUAUUCCACUACAACUCACCAUUUAGUAAUUCAACAAGUAUUUAUUUUAAGGUGUUAUUAACAUCAAUGAAGCUUUUCAUUAUAAUGUACUUUUUCUUAGUCGAUGAAUACCCAAGAAUAGGUACCAUCAUGUGAUUGUCUAACAACUAUAUAUUUUUUAAAUUCUAGAAAACGGAUCCACCUACAAAAAAAAAUUGAGAAAAACCAGCUUAGUUGAUAUUUAAAAGAAAUUUAAAGACUUGAUUUUAAUUAAUGCUCUCAGGGUUUAACAAAUAUAGUCUUGUGUUGCCAAUUACAUUUUUUGGAUGGGGAACUAGCCUACAGGUUUUACAUGACAGAGGAGGAUUUUAUUCUGAUUCCUCAGGGACUAAGUUCAAAGAGUUUUAAAUGCUCCCAGGUGGCUUUUAGAGUGCGGUUUCAGGACGGGUGAGGUAAAAUGUGGGAAAAUAGGCCAACAUAAUUUAGUUUUCAUUUGUGUUGGAUAAUUAGGAGAGGAUGUGAAUUGUUUUCCACUCUAGUUUAAUCCACCACAAACUCAGUUAUAUCUUAGACCAAUGUGUCGGGUCAGGUUCAGAUAAGCAGAUGGCACACUCCAAUUAGGGCUAAUGAGAGAAGCGUGGGCAGGGUUUAGGAAAGCCUCAGCACCUUAGGGCUAGGCCUGAAGGGGGUGAGGAGACUAUAUUUGUUAAGCCCUGAGAGCAUUAAUUAAGCAGUUCCUGGAAUCUGCAGAGAAGGAAGAACAAAGGGGGUCUGCUGACAGAAAAAGAAAAUGCCCUGAGACUUCUCCCUCCCACCCUCUGCGGCUCCUGGAAGUGUCUCCCUUUGACCACUCCCAGUGAAAGAGGAGGGCUGGGAAGCCAGGGCACAAACCUGAAAGUGGCUCUGAAGAGACAAGGGAAGGAUACCCCGUACCAGCAACCACACCAGGCAGAAUGUGAUGAAAAGAAAAUGGCCUGUGGAUCUAGACAAACCUGGUGUCACAUCUGGAUCCACAAGUAUUAGAACUUCUCUGAUUGUGUUUGAAUAAGUCACUUGGAGAGAGCCCAUAGCUCCAUUGCACCAUGUGUGGCAUUUGGGCCCUCUUUGGCAGUGACGACUGCCUUUCUGUUCAGUGUCUGAGUGCUAUGAAGAUUGCACACAGAGGUCCAGAUGCAUUUCGUUUUGAGAAUGUCAAUGGAUAUACCAACUGCUGCUUUGGAUUUCACCGUUUGGCAGUGGUUGACCAGCUGUUUGGAAUGCAGCCAAUUCGAGUGAAGAAAUAUCCUUACUUGUGGCUGUGUUACAACGGUGAGAUCUACAACCACAAGAAGCUGCAACACCAUUUUGAAUUUGAAUACCAGACCAAAGUGGAUGGUGAGAUAAUCCUUCAUCUUUAUGACAAAGGAGGAAUUGAGCAAACAGUUUGUAUGUUGGAUGGGGUAUUUGCAUUUAUUUUACUGGAUACUGCCAAUAAGAAAAUAUUCUUGGGCAGAGAUACCUAUGGAGUCAGACCUUUGUUUAAAGCCGUGACAGAAGAUGGAUUUUUGGCCGUGUGUUCAGAAGCUAAAGGUCUCAUUAGCUUGAAGCACUCCAUGACUCCUUUUUUAAAAGUGGAGCCUUUUCUCCCAGGACACUAUGAAGUUUUGGAUUUAAAGCCAAAUGGCAAAGUAGCAUCGGUGGAAAUGGUUAAAUAUCAUAACUGUAGAGAUGAGCCUCUGCAUGCCCUGUAUGACAGCGUGGAGAAACUCUUCCCAGGUUUUGAGAUAGAAACUGUGAAGAACAACCUCCGAAUCCUUUUUGACAAUGCCAUUAAGAAACGUUUGAUGACGGACAGAAGGAUUGGCUGCCUUUUAUCAGGUGGCUUGGAUUCCAGUUUGGUUGCUGCCAUCCUGUUGAAGCAGCUAAAAGAGGCCCAAGUACAGUAUCCUCUCCAGACGUUUGCGAUUGGCAUGGAAGACAGUCCCGAUUUACUAGCUGCUAGAAAGGUGGCAAAUCAUAUUGGCAGCGAACACCAUGAAGUCCUCUUUAACUCUGAGGAAGGCAUUCAGGUCCUGGAUGAAGUCAUAUUUUCCUUGGAAACUUACGAUAUUACAACAGUCCGUGCUUCAGUAGGUAUGUACUUAAUUUCAAAGUACAUUCGGAAGAACACGGAUAGCGUAGUGAUCUUCUCUGGAGAAGGUUCAGAUGAACUUACACAGGGUUACAUAUAUUUUCACAAGGCUCCUUCCCCUGAGAAGGCCGAGGAGGAGAGUGAGCGGCUUCUGAAGGAACUGUAUUUGUUUGAUGUUCUCCGAGCAGAUCGAACUACUGCUGCCCAUGGCCUUGAACUGAGAGUCCCCUUCCUGGAUCAUCGAUUUUCUUCCUAUUACAUGUCUCUGCCACCAAAUAUGAGAAUCCCCAAGAACGGGAUAGAAAAACAUCUUCUGAGAGAGACCUUUGAGGACUCCAAUCUGAUACCUAAAGAGAUUCUCUGGCGACCAAAAGAAGCCUUCAGUGAUGGAAUAACCUCAGUUAAGAAUUCCUGGUUUAGGAUUUUACAGGAAUACAUUGACCAUCAGGUUGAUGACGCGGCGAUGGCAAGCGCAGCCCAAAAAUUUGCCGUCAAUACUCCCAAAACGAAAGAAGGCUAUUACUACCGUCAGAUCUUUGAACGCCACUACCCGGGCCGCGCCGACUGGCUGCCUCAUUACUGGAUGCCCAGGUGGACUAGCGCCACUGACCCUUCCGCCCGCACUCUGACCCAUUAUAAGGCCACUGCCAAAGCUUAGGUAUUCCCUGAGCCGUGGAGUGAAAGCAAACAUUUCUUCUCAUUGUGAAGGGUAGAGGGCUUGGGGGCAGGAAGGGUCAACGGCCCAGGCUUGCUUGGGUGUGAAAAAAUAAAAGUCUUAAAUCU